UCUCUCAAAUGGCUCUCUCCGUAUUUGCCUUUCCUUCUUACAUAAAUAGACAUCCUUCAAUUCAAUAUUGCAAACCAUCUACUUCUGUGUCUUCUACAAGAAACACCACUUGCAUUUUAAAAGUAAGAGGAACACUUGCUGAGAAAGGUGAAUAUUAUUCAAACAGACAACCAACUCCUUUACUGGACACAAUCAACCAUCCAAUGCACAUGAAAAACCUGUCCAUGAAAGAACUCAAAGUUCUUUCAGACGAGUUGAGAUCUGAUGUUAUCUUCAAUGUUUCGAAAACUGGAGGACACUUGGGUUCGAAUCUUGGUGUUGUUGAGCUCACUGUUGCCCUUCAUUAUAUCUUCAAUACUCCUCAAGAUAAGAUCCUUUGGGAUGUUGGUCAUCAGUCUUAUCCUCACAAGAUUCUAACGGGAAGAAGAGGAAAGAUGAAGACACUAAGGCAGACCAAUGGCCUCUCCGGCUACACCAACCGAAGAGAGAGUGAGCAUGACUCCUUUGGCACUGGACACAGUUCUACCACAAUAUCUGCAGGCUUAGGAAUGGCUGUCGGUAGGGACUUGAAGGGGAUGAACAAUAGUGUGGUUGCGGUUGUAGGAGAUGGUGCCAUGACAGCUGGACAAGCUUAUGAAGCAAUGAAUAAUGCUGGCUACUUAGAAUCCGACAUGAUUGUGAUUCUCAACGACAACAAGCAAGUCUCUUUGCCUACUGCUAACUUGGAUGGACCAACUCCUCCCGUUGGAGCAUUGAGCAGGGCUCUUAGUAGUUUACAGUCUAAUGACGAGUAUGCUCGUGGAAUGAUUAGUGGGACUAGUUCAACACUGUUUGAAGAACUUGGUUUCCAUUAUAUUGGUCCAGUUGAUGGGCACAAAAUAGAUGAUUUGGUCACCAUUCUUGAAAAGGUAAAGAGCACUAGAACCAUAGGACCGGUUCUUAUUCAUGUCGUGACUGAGAAAGGUCGCGGAUAUCCUUACGCCGAGAGAGCUGAUGACAAGUAUCAUGGAGUUUUGAAAUUUGAGCCAGCAACAGGUAAACAGUUCAAAAACAUUGCCAAGACUAAGUCUUACACUUCCUGUUUUGUGGAGGCCUUGAUUGCGGAAGCAGAGGCAGACAAAGAUGUUGUAGCCAUUCAUGCAGCCAUGGGAGGUGGCACCAUGUUGAAUCACUUCGAGAGCCGUUUUCCUACAAGGUGUUUCGAUGUUGGCAUAGCAGAACAACAUGCAGUUACUUUUGCUGCCGGUCUUGCUUGUGAAGGCCUUAAGCCCUUUUGUACAAUCUACUCGUCUUUCAUGCAGCGUGCUUAUGACCAAGUUGUACACGAUGUUGAUCUACAGAAACUACCAGUGAGAUUUGCAAUAGAUAGAGCAGGACUUAUGGGAGCAGAUGGUCCAACACACUGUGGAGCAUUUGAUGUGACGUUUAUGGCAUGUCUUCCAAAUAUGAUAGUGAUGGCUCCAUCUGAUGAAGCAGAGCUUUGUAACAUGGUUGCUACGGCUGCAGCUAUUGAUGACCGUCCUUCUUGCUUUCGAUAUCAUAGAGGAAAUGGUAUUGGCGUUUCACUUCCUCCUGGAAACAAAGGUGUCCCGCUUCAGAUUGGAAAAGGUAGGAUACUAAGAGAAGGCGAGAGGGUUGCUCUUUUGGGGUACGGAUCAGCCGUUCAAAACUGUUUAGAGGCUGCUUCUAUGCUAGGCGAACGCGGACUAAAGGUAACGGUAGCGGAUGCAAGAUUUUGCAAGCCAUUAGAUGUUGCUCUCAUCCGUAGCUUAGCGAAAUCACACGAGGUUUUGAUCACGGUUGAAGAAGGUUCAAUUGGAGGAUUUGGAUCGCAUGUGGUACAAUUUCUUGCACUUGAUGGCCUUCUUGAUGGAAAGCUCAAGUGGAGACCAAUGGUAAUACCUGACCGGUAUAUCGAACAUGGAUCACCAAUGGAUCAACUGGCUGAAGCUGGCCUCACAGCGUCUCAUAUUGCAGCUACUGCACUUAACUUAAUGGGGACACCUAGAGAAGCCUUGUUUUAUGAGAAAUGAAAUCUCAAAAAGGGUACACAAAAUCUUCAAUUCUAUAUGAGAAGUAUUAAUUCUAGUUUGGUUACAAUUUAUCUAAUAAUUGAUGAACAAAGUAAGAUCCUCUAGCUUUUGAAUUUACAUUCUUAUAAAAUUGUUUGUAAUUUAUUUUCUCCAAAACAAGUCAUUCACAUUCAAGAAUGUU